CACAGUAGUCUGAACCUUAAAACCGGAAACCGACAGCAAGGCAAAACAGUUGUACAGUUCUACUGCUGGUGUGUCUGGUCUGUGAAACACAAGCCGUCCACUAAAAAUUCUGCUAAAGUCACUCUUCCUAGCUUAUACUAUAAUGAAGAGCAGUAUUUCUCUGGCUCAUAACUCUCGUUUCCCUUCUUUAUAUACAUUAUUAUUUCACCCACAAAACCGUCUCUCUCAGCUAUAAUGGAUCACCCACGAUCAUCCUUGGCUAAUGGUGAGGAGAAUGGUGGUGGGAUUCCUGAUGACUUGCGCUGCAAGAGGUCAGAUGGGAAACAGUGGAGAUGCACUGCCAUGUCUAUGCCAGAUAAAACUGUUUGUGAGAAGCAUUAUAUUCAGGCGAAGAAGAGGGCAGCUAAUUCUGCCUUGAGAGCCAGUCUGAAGAAGGCCAAAAGAAGAUCGCUGGGUGAAAGAGAUAUUUACUUGGAGAGCAAGAGUGAUGAUUUUGAUAUACCACUUGUGAACAUGAAAGUUGAAGAGGAACAACCGUCUUUUGUUCCAUCAAAGAGGCACACGGAGAAAGUACCAAAAAGUCAGGCUCGCUAUUCUCCUGAAACACAUAUAAGGAGUUUGUCUGGUCGGAAUUCUCAAAAACUAAAUGAUGAUUCUCGAAGAGAUAUCAAGUUUGAAGAGAAUCGGAGGUCAUAUAAGACGCCUCCUCUUUUAACUAUGGAUUCAUCCAAGGGUAUAUCACAAAGAAGCUUUGAUGCCAGUGCUAUGACAGAAUACUCUGAUGCAAACACAGAUUCUUCUGAAGACAUUGGUGGACAAACUUGUCAUCAGUGCCGAAGGAAUGACAGAAAUAGAGUUAUUUGGUGUCCCAGAUGUGACAAGAGAGGUUUUUGUGAUAACUGUAUCUCUGAAUGUACUUCUAGGUACUCGGACAUUCCACAGGAAGAAAUUGAGAAGGUUUGUCCUGCAUGUCGUGGGAUCUGCAAUUGCAGGAGUUGCUUACGAGGAGAUAAUAUGGUAAAGUUGCAGGCGAGAAUACGAGAGAUACCUGUUCUAGACAAAUUGCAAUAUCUCCACUGCCUAUUAUCUUCUGUGCUUCCUAUAGUUAAGCAGAUCCAUCAUGAACAAUGCUUUGAAGUAGAGCUGGAACAGAGGCUGUGUGGAACUGAUAUAGAUCUUGUCCGGGCCAAAUUGAAUGCUGAUGAGCAGAUCUGCUGCAAUAUAUGUAGGAUACCAAUCAUUGAUUAUCAUCGGCAUUGUGCAAAUUGCUCAUAUGAUCUGUGCCUCCAUUGCUGUCAAGAUCUUCGAGGAGCAUCAAAACAUGGUGUUGGAACUGAAGUGAAUGAAAACCAUAUUAAAAGGAGAAUUCAAGACAAAGUGACCCUAUCAAAAUUUGUGAUAGACUCCCGAGGAAGAAUAAAUUUAUCAGAUAAGUACCAAGGCUGGAAGGCAAACAAUGAUGGCAGCAUUCCAUGCCCUCCAAAGGAGCAUGGUGGUUGUAAUUCCUCAUCAUUGAACCUAAGCCAUAUUUUCAAGAUGAAUUGGGUAGCAAAACUUGUGAAAAAUGUGGAGGAAAUGGUCAGUGGCUGCAAGGUCUAUGAUGCUGACACUCCACAGAAAUCUGGGUUGAGUGAUUCCACACUCUGCCAGUAUGCUCAUAGAGAUGAUAGUGAUGAUAAUUUCUUAUAUUGCCCCUUAUCUGAAGAUAUAAAAGUUGAUGGGAUAAACAAGUUUAGAAAACAUUGGGUCAGAGGCGAACCUGUUAUUGUGAAGCAGGUAUUUGACAGCUCAUCCAUAUCAAGCUGGGAUCCAAUGGCCAUAUGGAAGGGGAUCCGGGAAACAUCAGAUGAGAAAAUAAAAGAUGAAAACAGAACAGUGAAGGCCAUAGAUUGCUUACACUGGUCUGAGGUUGAUAUUGAACUUGAUCAGUUUAUCAGAGGAUACUCUGAGGGACGAAUCCGGGAAAACGGUUCACUAGAGAUGUUGAAGUUGAAGGAUUGGCCUUCCCCCAGUGCUUCUGAAGAGUUCUUAUUAUACCAGAGACCCGAAUUUAUCAGUAAACUGCCUUUCCUUGAAUUCAUCCAUUCGAGGUUGGGUAUUUUAAAUGUUGCUGCAAAGUUGCCCCAUUACUCUUUGCAGAAUGAUGUAGGACCUAAGAUUUGUAUAUCAUAUGGGAGCCAUGAGGAACUCAGUGUGGGCAAUUCCGUAAUCAAUCUUCAUUUCAAAAUGCGUGACAUGGUAUACUUAUUGGUGCAUACAUGUGAAGCAAAGGCAAAACAUUGCCAGGAGAAUGGCUCAUUUGACCCAGAAAAGAGCUUGGAGGAGGGAAGGUUGCCUGAAAUAUCACUUGGUGGGCGUAAUAUACAAGAUGAAGUGAAGACAGCUGCAGAAAAGAAUGAGAAAAUGGAGGAUGAAGGGGUUGAUAAUACCACUAGCAUUGAAGAGCUUGAGAGAAUUGAAGAUCAAGGGGCUGAAAGAACCACCAGUGUCCCAGGGGUUGAGAGAACGGAAACCAUUAGAACGGAAGAGGUUGAGGGAAUGGAGGGUCAGCAGUUGAGGAAAAAUCAUGAUGAUAUCCCUGUAGAGAUUCACACAGGAGUUAGUUGGGAUGUCUUUCGUCGGCAGGAUGUUCCUAAGUUAACUGACUAUUUGCGAACACGCUGUGAGGACCUUUGGAAGCCUGACAAUGCAGUGCAUGAUUUUGCCACACAUCCCCUUUAUGAUGGAACAGUUUUCCUAAAUGGGUUUCAUAAGAGACGAUUGAAAGAAGAAUUUGGAGUUGAACCAUGGUCAUUUGAACAGCACCUGGGGCAAGCUGUAUUCGUCCCUGCUGGCUGCCCUUUCCAAGUGAGGAAUCUUCAGUCCAAUGUUCAGUUGGGUCUUGAUUUCUUAUCUCCUGAGAGUUUGGGGGUGGCUUCUAGAUUGGCAGAAGAAAUUUGCUGUCUUCCAAAUGAACAUGAAGCAAAACUUCAAGUUUUGGAGGUGGGUAAGAUGUCACUCUAUGCUGCUAGUUCAGCCAUUAAAGAAGUCCAGAAAUUGGUGCUUGAUCCUAAGCUUGGAGCAGAAAUUGGAUUCGAGGAUCCUAAUUUAACUGCAGCAGUUUCUGAGAACUUGAAGAAGGUUGCUAAGCCAAGACAGAUAAGUUGUGCUUAAAUUAGUGUACAUUAUUAGUGAUUUAGACAUAGAAAAAUAAUUUUUUAAGUGGCUGAGAUGCUGCCUGAGGGAAUUUAAAUGUAUAAAUGUAAAUUAUGUUUUUUUCAGAUUAUGGCAGUUGUAACAGCAAAGUUUAAGUAAAAGCUAACUAGUUUUAGGUCAUUGCUGUUUGAUUGAGGUUUUGGAUUGUUUACUUUUUACUCUUAUCAUAUCUGAUAUUGAAAUUCAAGUAACUUUGGUCUUA